GGGUUCUACAAGCACUAAAGCCCGAACUAAACGGUCUAACUGCUCCCUUUCAUCCCAGUGCUUCCAAUGACACCUUUGCAUCCUCUCUAUCGUAUUCCUCUUGUUCAUUUGUUUCAUCUGUUCCAGUAUUGACUGGGCUGGCAAAAAUCAGCGGACCCGUCACGUGCAAACCCAUACACCACUUCCUCCUUACUAGAUAAGCAAAUUAGCAGCAAGGGCAAAAAUUAUGAUAUCGUUCAAUUUACUUACUACUUCCUCCUGUUAUACUCUAUUCUUAUAAUGCACGCUCGUGAUUGGUUUUUAGUAUUGUUGGCUAUUUUCAUUCCUCCCAUUCCGGUGGCCGUGAAAAGAGGGCUCUCGAUUGAUUUGGCUAUUAACAUUGCCUUAUGUAUCUUGGGAUUCUUACCAGGAUUGAUUCAUGCCUGUUAUGUAAUUUCAUUGUUUCCUUAUCAAGAAGGUUACACUGCUCUUGGAGAUGGCGAAAACCAUCACCACUAUGGUGCUACAUAAUAGUUACUAGUGUUUCUUUUAAUAAAUAAAUAGUAUUAUACAUAAUAUGCAAUUUUUUUUUCUCUUUAGGAUUGAUUUUGUAAUUCAGAUUUAACCCAUCCUUCUAAACCAC